UCCACCAAAGUCCCAAUGUUCAGAGGGCAUCAGCAUCAGCGGCAGUUUGAGCUAAUCUCCGUCCAACACAUCUCCUAUCCCGGCGUUAUCAUAGCGAUUCUCACGCACCCUACACACCGGUCAGCGAGACGCCGCAUCCGCACAACACAUGGUAGCGAGCGGUUGCUAGAUAAGGCCACCACCACACCAACCGAGACCACUGUGCAGCACCGCACUGUUGUUGUGUUGAGGUUUUCCAUUCACGUUGGAUGACACGCUCACAGAGACAGCACACAGAGACAGCACUCAAGCACAGAGACCUCUCGCUUGAACCCGCACCGGAGGCGCCACUGGAAGCCGAUGGUCGAAAAGCGAGAGAGAGAGAGAGCGACAGACCGUGACACUUACAGCCAUGUCUGGAUAGGUGGUGGCCCUGGUUGGAACAGUAUGUUUUGCUGUGUACGCGGUACCCGCCCGCAUGGCUUCUCAGUGCGCCGCCAUUAUUCAGUGAGUGACAGUGCGCGAGUGCGUACGCGCGCGGCUUCAUCUGUCCGCCACAUAUCGACAAAAACCGACAACAGAACGAGGUCGGCUGUGUGUUAGAAGUGUUCUGUGUGUGUGUAUAUGUGUGUGUAGAAAAUCCAUUCCACCCCCACAGUGUUAUAGAGCAACGUGUUGCAUGUGUAAAGCCUGAAGUGUGACACUCGUUUCCAGCAAUUCCACCCAUCUCUCGACAAAAGACCACCUGUUUCUUGAGUAAAAGUAACGGUAUGGCCAUGGGGGGUAGUAUACCCCUGCGCACGGUGACACUCUGCCUGGGCACACUGGUUGCUGUGGUCGCACUGCUCCAGUCACCGGUCCCGGUCACCGCCAGCCAGGUCAAGGGCGCCAGCCCGAUCGAUGCGCUGCGCAACCGGUACCUACAGCAGGAGCGCCGGGCCUGGACGAUCGUCAACCAGAUCGACGCGGUCGACAACCAGCUCGAGCAGGACGCGACCCAGCAGCGUGCGACCGUGAUGCGCGAGCUGGUCGACAUCUAUCUGCGGUUCGCCGAGACGGAGCUGGAGCCGGAGGACCGGGGCGAGUACCAGCUGCUCGCCCGGCUCGCCGAGUGGCAUCUGCUCGAGCAGAACCUGCUGACGAUCAACAAGCUGUUCGAGGCGGUGUACAACUUUCUGCGCAACAAUGCGCCCCGCUUCGCGGAGCAGGCCGAAUUUGCACCGGAGGAGAUCGACCAGCAAGGGGGCGGCACCAUCCACAGCAACGAUCUGCGGCUGCUCACGAUCGAUCUGGCGGAGACGAUACUGUUCGACAAGCGGCAGCCGGUCGCGGCACAGCUCGACCAGAUCUACACGAUCAUGGUCCGGCAGGCACUCUACUAUCGCGCCAGCAUGACGGCAAGAAGCGUCCUCUGCAGCUUCGGGCUGUCACCCCAGCAGCUCAUCUACGUGCUGUACGAAUCGAUAGCAACGACCGAGCUGAAGGGCUACAUCAUGAUGCAGUUCUCCUACAUGCUGCUCAAAACCCAGGGCCAAGGUAACUUUACGGUGGAGUCGCAGGCCCGUCGGAACGAGCUGCAGACCCGGCUCGCCCGCACCCAGCAGCUGGUAAGGAACGUGAUGAACCAGACGAGCGGCGAGUACUGGCGGUGCGAUCCGGACCGCGGGGCGCACCGCGAGAACGUCACGUACGUGCAGUUCACCCGCCUGGUGCAGGGCUACGUCGAGAACGAGGUCGACAUGACGACGGACAACACGUGCCGGGAAACGUGCUCGCACUACAAGUACGGGCACGAGCAGCACCAGUGCUACAAGGAACUGUACUGCUCCCAGCAGCCCAAGUGUGCCGGCCGCAUCUACGACUGCGAGUACAUCGACUCGGACAUGUGGAUCUGCCCGGCGGCACCGGGCGGCACCCGGCGCUACGAGUACAUCGAGUACGAGAACGGGGAGUUGCGCGGCCGCAAGCAGAGCUGCCCGCGCGGCUCCACCAAGGUCGACUCCUGGUGGCGCUGGCUGUUCUGGCACUGUAGCUACUGCUUCUGCUACUGCGACGAUGCCGGCCGCCACUCCGAUCGCUACGUCAGCCUGCGCGAAUCCGUCUCGAACAUGGAGCAGAACCGUGUGGUAACCGGGCUGCGCUUUGUGAAGCGCCGCCAGAUGGUGCACCUGAUCGUGCAGCAGGGGCUGCUGCUGCCCGGGGGCGAGAUCGCCAACAGCACGCUCGAGUGGGUCGUGCCGAAACCGUUCACCCACACGGACAAGGGCGUGCGGGACGGGCACGACUACCACACACUGUCGUACGAUCGGCGCGCGAUCGACCUGGACGACGUGCACGUACCGCCCGGCUACGUGGUGACCGGCGUCCAGUUCCGCGUGCUCGGCGCCCGGCUCAACCUGCUGCUGCGCAUGACCGAGAUGAACUUUACCGCCGGCAAGCUGGUCGGGCUGGACGCGUCCAUCUGGAGCGGCAGCUUAGAGACGGAACGGACCGAAAUCCCGCUCAAGUACAUGGACGUGCCGACGCUCGCACCGGCCAAAUCGGUCCCCAUGUCCACCCAGAACCAGUACCUGCGCUUCGGGCCGACGGGCGGCCGGGCGGACGCCGCCCAGACGACCAUCCCGUUCCUGGACGCGCAGCCGGUCAGCCCGGUGCGGCCGACGCCGCUCGCCGGCGCCGGCCUCAUGUACAAGGGCGUCCCGAAGUACGGCGGCUUUGUCGCGCCCAAGAUCAUGACGUACAACUUCGGUGCGCACAUCCAGGACCCGACCGACGAUUGGUUUGCGGCGGAGCUGGAAGCACGCAGCGGUGCUGCUGCCGGCGCCGGCAGCGACAGCGGCUAGUCGAAAUUAAUGCUACGAAGAGAUAAAAUAAAACAAAACAAAAAAAAAGAAAUACCAACUGCCGACGCCGCCUCCCCAGACACAGAGAUGCAGAAAAAAGUAUGUCUCGUGCGGGGGUUUCAGCAAUGCCUGAAGGCUCUCCACCACCCCACCAGCGGGGAUGGAUAGUUCAGCUCGUUCAGCGAGCCAGUUUACCAAAAGUAGCAAAGCAAACUAAAGGCAAAAGUCAAAAGUAACAACAACAAAAACUCCCAAUGGUAGUAAUACAUCCGAAACCGGAUACUUAUAGCGAGUGAGAGCGAGCCAGAAAUAUCCGCGCUCUGCUAGAUAAGCAAAGUCCCCUAAAAAAAAAACAUGUAAUCUGUAAACGGUCGAAACAAAUAAAUUGGAACGGGGGAAAACCCAACCAAACACA